ACAUUAUUAUUGAUACAACAUUUGAUAAAAAAUCUGUCGUCUAAGAAAAUGAUAGGUAAUAGUUUUCUUGAAGUUACUCUUUACUGAAUUAAUUUUUAACAGCAACAUUCCUUUCUAUUCUUUUUUAAUCAAAAUCUAAUUGCUGAUACGUUACUAUCUCUGUAAAACUCAAUACAAUUGAGGAAAGCUUUACCGUUUACGUAGUAGGAACGUCACUGAAAAUGAUAGAAAGAUAAUUGUUACAUCACGCAUUUUCCAAUCGUGUUCUAUGAGUAGAAAUAUCAUGAUUUCUACAAUCUAUACAUUUUUAUUAUGUACCACAGUCACUUUGGCCCUUGAAUCUGAUUCUAAUUCAAUAACAUUAAAAGAAACAUAUAUUACUUCAAUGGAAAAGUCAAUUCAAAUACUAAUAAACUCUGAACAAGCAAUCCAUAAGAAAAUUGUGAGUAUUAAAAAUUAUUUAAAGGCGCUGGCAUCUGAUAUGCUCCCCAAGAAUGAAAAUACACGGAAAAAAUCAACAAUUGGUGAUGUUUUUAACUCAUUUAAAUCCAAAAUUAAGGCAAUAUUUCCAGGAACAUACUGGUGUGGUGAUGGUAAUGUAUCUCCGAAUGGAGAAGACCUUGGACUUUUUGAUAAUACAGAUGCUUGUUGUAAAACUCAUGAUCUUUGUUUGGAGAAUAUUUCAGCAGGAGAAAAACGAGAAGGACUUUUAAACAAUGGUAUAUUCACAAGGUCAUCGUGUGAAUGUGAUAGAGCAUUUUAUCGAUGUCUUAAAGAAGCUGAUAACAUUUUUGCUACUAAUAUUGGAAGAACCUAUUUUAAUGUUUUAAGACCCCAAUGCUUUCAGACAGAUUAUCCUAUUGUAGACUGUAAAAAAUACGCAAGACAUCGAUUGAUGAAUAACAAAUGUGAUGAAUAUAAUUACAACUUCUCACUGCCACAAAUAAUGCAAUGGUUUGAUAAUCCAGAUUUUUAAUAAUCUUUAGUGAAUUGAAUAAUAUAGUGUAAAUAAUUUGUAGCAAGCUGUUGCUAUAUUAAGUAAAUUUUUGUACUAGAUAAAAAUAUUAAAGAGCAGAAUGUACUUGUUGUUACCACUGAAACAAAUAUUAGCGCUUAACGAAGUGCUUAUUAUGGUUAGAAGUGUUCAAAUUCAAGUGUUCCUUUCAGUGGUAUUCCUCUUUUAAUAACAUGAGGUAUUGUUUUAGGUACCAUACUGAAAAAUAAAUUAAACAAUUAUAUGCUUUUCAUAACUAAAAUUCUAUCUUAAUAAAUAAUUAACUUACGUAAUACAAUCAAUAAUAGGACACACUGAAAGACAAAGUGUACAGCCUGUACAAUCAUCUGUUACUAAUGGAAUGUGAGUUUCAGAAUCAAAUCUGAUUGCUUGAUAACCAGAAUCAGCACAAGCCAUAUAACACUUUCCACAGUUUAUGCACAUAUCCUAACGCAUAGAAUUGUUUACCCUUAAUAUAUAUAAUGAUAAAAAUGAAUAAAACUUGAAAUGAUUAAAAAACGAUUAAGACCUACGUCAUCUAUUAACGCUACCACUUGUUCUUUGUUAUUCAAGUCCUUGUAGGUAUUGAUAUGACUUAAAGCUUUACCAAUAACAUCUUUAAUAGUUGGUACAGGCGCAAUAGGUUUUGGAGCAGGUCUCGUUAUUUCGACAGAUUUAUCGAGUGGAUUCGAGUUAAGUUUAAUCUCGGCUAUUUUCUCUUCUCUAAGUUUUUGAUAUUCUCCAAAAUAUGGUAUAUUCUGAAACACAGAGCAAUUAUAGUAUAUUAUAGCAUAUUUUUAUUUAGUACAUAUCUAUUUUAUUCAGUCAGUUAGCCAAAAGUUACACUUACUUUGCCAAGAGCAUGUAGUAAUACAACUGGUUUCCCUUUUUGAUGUUUAAACGUCGGUGGGCUUUGUCCAUCCCAAUUUUUUACUUGUUCUAAGCUUUUCAAGUACAGCAAGGCUUUUAAACCAGUCACGUAAUCAUCAAUCAGAGUAAAAUCUUGAUUCUGUACAGCGCUGCAAACCUAUCCACCAUUUAAAAAUAAUUCAAUGUAAUCGACGUUAUACGUAGAAAAUUCAUAAAAAGAUAACAUGGCUAACUGACUCACCUGCAAAAUAGAUGCUCCACAAUGUAAAAACUGAAGAGCAACAUCCGCUGAAUCAAUACCGCCGAUACCAAGUAUGGGAAAUCCAGGAAGAUUUUUCGAAAUAGAAGAAACUGCCCUUAGAGCUAGCGGUCUAGUUGCAUUCCCUGACAUACCUCCAUAAGUUGUAGCCUUCUUAAUGCCAACAGCUGGCCAUGGUGUUGCAUCCGCGUGCAAUCCCAUUAAACUUUGAACCGUAUUUAUGGCAGAUACUCCAUCAGCAUGACCUAUACAAAAGAUUAUUUUUUCGAACAUCUGUCAUUGAAAUAUUUUAAUUAUUUAUAUGCGGAAAAGUACCUUCGUAAGCUGCCUUAGCUAUCGAAACGAUGUCGGUAAUGUUUGGUGUUAAUUUCACGAAGAAUGGUAUCUUUAUAGCUUCCCGAACCCAUCUUGAAAUAUUUCUUACCAAUUCGGGAUCCUAAUAUGUGAAAGUUUGUAUAACGGUUGAUAAUAAAAUAAUAAUAAAUUAUUUAAAUCAUGUACUUGACCACAAGCUAAGCCCAUUCCAGAUUCUCCCAUUCCAUGGGGGCAAGAUAAAUUUAAUUCCAGAGCAUCAGCACCGGCUGAUUCAGCUUUCUGAGCAAGUUCCGUCCAAUCUGCUCUAUUGUAUGUACACAUAAUACUAGCAAUAAUAAUCUAAAAAUAAAUUUGAAUCUUCAUCAACAAGAGUGAUGUAAAAAUCUUAUAAAAACUUAUAUAAUUGUAUGUUUUUUUAAACCUUAGAUGGAAAAUCUUUUUUCAGCUCUGUAAUGCUAUUACACCAGUAAGCUUCUGACUUUUCAGAUAUCAGUUCAAUAUUCAAGAAGCUACUUUGUUCGGGACCGUAAUGGUAGCGUGAAGUUGUACCUUUAAUUAUUCGUGGAGACACAUUUGUAACAAGAUCCUAAAACAUUG